GCAAGGACAUCUCACUAGAGAGGAAAGCAACAAGAAGGGCGACAGUGAACCAGAGAUCUUCCGGUCAAAGAGAGAUCUGUUUGCUUAUACCUUAGCGUUACUAGUAUUUUAAUUCCCUCUUUGUUUUACCUCCCUACUCUCUCUUUUUCUCAGUCGUUUUUAACUCUUCUCGAUUUGUCGUGCAGAGAGCCGUCCGGUUCUUCUCUAUUCCACGAAAAGGUCCUAGAUCCUAGCUUUAAGGCCUCUUCUUCUUUUCCCCAGUAUAAAUAUGCUUCGUCCCCCACUUCUCUCUCUCUUAAAGGCUUAACCUUUUCCUCUCCUCUCUCCUGCCUCUGUUUCUUCUCUGCUCAGCGGCUUCAAGCCAGAGAGAGGGGCACGAGAGUAAGAGAGAACGAGGUAAGGGAAAAGCCUCUUCUUGUAUUUCUGUCGAGAACAAUGUCGGCCUGGAAGGACAAGGAAAAUGAUCCCCGCCUUGAGGGAAUCGCCUCUGCCAUUCGCGUCGUUCCCAACUUCCCCAAACCAGGGAUUAUGUUCAAAGACAUCACCACGUUGCUUCUUGAUCCCAACGCGUUCAAAAACACGAUAGAUUUGUUCGUGGAACGCUACAGUGGGAAGGGCAUCGACGCAGUCGCUGGAAAUGCUAAGGUUAUUGGAUUUACUGCUUCGCAAUCUCAGUGGCCGUUCAGGACUUUCAAUGGAGUUGAGGCCAGAGGUUUCAUAUUUGGUCCUCCCAUUGCUUUGGCAAUUGGUGCAAAGUUUAUACCAUUAAGAAAGCCUCGUAAGCUUCCAGGUGAAGUAAUCUCAGAAAAGUAUAUUCUAGAAUAUGGAUCUGACUGUCUUGAAAUGCAUAUUGGAGCAGUCCAACCUGGUGAACAUGCUUUAGUUGUGGAUGAUUUGGUUGCAACUGGUGGAACUCUCUGUGCCGCCAUAAAUUUGCUUGAACGUGCAGGGGCUCAAGUUGUGGAAUGUGCUUGUGUCAUUGAAUUGCCUGAACUUAAGGGCCGUCAAAAGCUGAAUGGCAAGCCAUUAUAUGUGCUUAUAGAAUCACACUGAUGGUAUUUGCCUUCUCUCAUUCUGCUAGUAAUAAUAUACCAUUUGUACCUUGGAGAGUUCAUUUGCAUUAGCUGUUCAUAUGGAAGAGCUGGCGCCAAUAUUCACAUGAGUGUAGUAAAUUUUAUUAUUUUGCAGUUUUUUUAAGCCUCUCUACAUUUAUUUGUCCCCUUUUCAAAUCUAAUUCUCUGCACUAAAUUAUUUGUUGUUCAAAUUUGGAGUUUUAUUGUGAACAUUUUUCAUUCAUGCUUCUGAGAGAAGAGGAUG